AUGGCCGAUGGCGUCGAUGAGCUGAAACGUCACAGCUUCUUGGUGACGGGCAUCGUUGGAAUUUCAGCUCAUGCAGUAGCGCUUGGUAACCUUGCAGUCGUGAUACGUGGACAUGGAGUACUUUCCACAGAUGAACAUCCAAUCACAGCUCACACUUCUGACCUAUGGUGUCAAGCAAGCAAAGAUGGGGAGAUUCAGCCAAUAACAUGGGCGCGCUUUAUCCGAACAAAAGAUAAGAAGGUUUUAAAGGCUCAUCUGGAUCCUGACAACCGACGAGCACGUCUGAUAUUCGGGAAUGUGAGUGUUGCUCAAGCUGGAAAAUACCGCUGUGAAAUCCGCACUGAGAAUGGCGAACUCGUCUUUGGAAAUAUGUUCGCUUAUUCUCGUCCGGUGGUGCAUGUUAACUCGUCCGACUCGGCAACCGUAUCGGCUUCCGACCCAACGCUGGUCAUUGCGGCCCAUAUGUCUUCCCUCAAAGGGGCCACAGCCCUCAUCGUCUGUCCUGUGAACGCAUAUCCGCAUCCAUACACCGUAUGGUACAAGGAUGGAAUCCCUCUCGAGGUGUCACCCAGAGUUACAUUCCGGAAAAACUCUGUUGAAAUCAAGGACUUAGAAGACGAUGAUGCUGGAAUUUAUAGGUGUGUUGCAUCGAAUCAGUUUCCCAUAUACGUUGAUGGUCCCGAACAGGAAUUCGAAGUGAUGUUUGAUCGAGAAUUGAGAAUAGGUGGGAACUACGGCUGGGUGCUUCCUCUUAUAAUCAUUUUGAUUAUUAUCGCUCUUCUUUUCAUCAUUAUCUACUCCUGUCAAGCCUGCAAACGAUACAAGGCCAAUCAGUAUCACGUCGCAGAGCGAGAGUGA